AAACGGUGGAUUCGGUUUCGGACAUGGAUAAAUAUUGUAGCGCUAGACCGCAACUUCCUCCCCAUGCCUUUACUUCCCCCCACUUUCCACUUCUCUAUCGCCAACACCAAAUCCUGAGAGAGGUGGGUCCCCAAUCCCAAUUCCUUUCUGUACUCAUCAUCCAAACCUCCAGCCAGAGCAGUCUCUCCAUUUCAUCUUUCUAUUCCAGAUUCAUUCAUUGUUCAACCCACAAUACUCUUUGGCUCAUUGCCAACAUAGCCCUCUUUUUUAUUUCUUUUGCUCUCUUCAAUUCACCGUGUGUUGGUCUUCUCUCGUUUUUCUGUGAGUAGCCCACUUUUUGUUUCUCUUUGUAAUUGGUCUUUCCUCUUGGUAGGUGAGAAGUUGUGGGGAGAGGUACGGAAAAUUUGGCUACAAUGGCUUUUCCUCUGCUAUUUGAUUAAUUUCUCGCAUUUAUGGAGGAUGCUGCUAGUGGAGACCGCUGAUACUACUACCCUGAGUUAUUGGAUGAACUGGAGGGUCUUGCUGUGCACAAUUUGGGUGUUAACACCUAUGAUUGUAGCAGCAUUUAUAAUAUGGAAGUAUGAAGGUCCAAAACAUCCAAAAUCUGAAAGAGAAGAAACUGAGCAAGACAUAGAUAGGUUUUUUUCUGUGGAAAAAGCAUGGAGACCAUGUCUUGAAGAAAUCCACCCCUGUUGGUUGUUAGCUUUCCGAAUUAUUUCAUUUUGUUUCCUUCUGGCAACCCUCAUUGGAGAAGUUGUUAUUCAUGGAGGUGGCAUGUUUUUCUAUUAUACUCAGUGGACCUUUACAUUGGUUACUAUUUAUUUUGGGUUUGGAUCACUGCUGUCCAUUUAUGGAUGUUACCAGUAUGAUAAAAUGAGUGGGGUGACAGAUUCAGAGCAAGGAUCCUACAUGCCUCUCUUAUAUGGUGAUGGUAUAAACAAAUCCAGAAUGAGAAAGACCUUGGGUUCCCCUGAGGAAAAUUCUCUUCUCCAGACUGAAGCCAUUUGGAGUCAUCUCUUUCAAGUUAUAUUCCAGAUUAAUGCUGGGGCAGUGAUGCUCACUGAUUGCAUUUAUUGGUUCAUAAUAUUUCCAUUUCUCACCAUCAAAGAUUACAAUAUGAGUUUUAUGACCGUGAAUAUGCAUACACUCAAUGCUGUUUUGCUCCUUUGCGACACUGCUUUGAAUUGCUUGCCUUUUCCAUGGUUUCGCAUCGCUUACUUUGUUCUAUGGACGGGUAUAUUCGUCAUUUUUCAGUGGAUCAUUCAUGCUUGUGUCUCGAUUUGGUGGCCAUACCCAUUUCUUGACCUCUCAUCACCAUUUGCUCCAUUAUGGUACUUAGCAGUGGCACUGAUGCACAUCCCAUGCUAUGCCAUCUUUGCACUAGUUGUGGAAAUAAAACACAACCUGCUAUCAAAAUGGUUCCCCCAAUCUUAUCAAUGCUUAAGAUAAAGAAACCAUACCCGGCUCAGAUCCCUCAGAAACCAGAAGGUGUUUCACCCUUUGGUAAAGCUGCAUUCAGGUUCUGCCUAUGGCAAGUAGAUAACUCAGCAAUGCCCCCAACUCCAGAGGAGGGUUCCCCUUAAAGGAUCAUCAGCUUCCACAGACAGCAGAAGCUGAGCCUCUUUUGUAGGAUGCAUCUUGCAUCCAUUCUGGGGAAACAUAUUGAUGAAACUUGGUGCUGUACAAUGAAGUAGAACUGUAGAAAAGGACUGUAAAUAAAUAAAAAAAAUGUAGUAACAACAUUGGUCUUAUUCAUUAAUGUAGUUAAUUUCUUUGUAGAACAGGGUGUAGUUGACUAUGACAAUAUGGACCACAAGUUGCUGAGGAAAUAAAAUGAGGCAGACAGGUGACCUUUCUCA